AUGCCGGCACUCUCGGGGGCGCCAGCCACAGGGCCGUGGGCAGUGGCGCGAUCAAUCGCCGCACAGUUCCUGAGGCCACGGCAGACGUUCGACACCCCUUAUUCAUCUCCCUCCGAAGACAGCGGCAGCGGCCCGCGGGGCGAAGCGGUCCCGACGGCCGUCAUCAUUAGCGUCGUCGUGUCGAUUGUCGGCUUCUUCGCCAUUGCCACGGGGUUGUUCGUCUUCGCCCGCAAGUGGAAGAGAGACCAGGACAGACGGCACCGCCCAUUCAUCGAGAUGGAGGGCCCGCGGAGACCGGCCACCGCCCGUGGGCCCCGUGAUGCGCCGCCGCCCUACUCGCCGCCGCGCUUCUCCGGGUCCAGAACUGCCACACAACUCCGUGACAGCCUGAGAGUCGGCAGCAGGCCCGACGAUUUUGACGCACUGCGUCCGACGAUGCUGAGUGACGGCGGCCCGGGUGAGGGGACGAAGGGGCCGAGAGUUGCGUCGACCGACUUGUGA